AUGGAGAACCUCUGGAGGAGGAGGAGGAGGACGCAGCAGCAGGAGCGCAGAUGGAGCUGGCUGAGCAACUCGCUGCUGCUUUGCUUUUUCACCGGUGGCACCGAGGCCCAGUGUGAGGGCUGCUUGGAAUACUGCUGCAAUGGAUCGCCGCCUUUCUGCUGCUCCUACUACGCCUACGUGGGGGACGUCCUCUCGGGCACUGCCAUCUCCGGUAUCGUCUUCGGCGUGGUGUUCUUGAUGGGGGCGGUGGCGGCCUUGUUCCUGUGCGUGUGUAUGUGCAUGAAGAAUGGCCGGGGCGCCCGGGUCGGCGUGUUCAGCACCUCCUACAUCAACACUGUGUCCCAGGGGUAUCCAGGUCCUCCACCUCCGUACACCUACGACUACGAGAUGUACCCUCCCUCGCUGCACCCCCCGCCUUACACCCCGACUCAGCCUCGGCCGUCCAAUUGCUCCCCUCCACCUCCAUACCCCGGCUGCACUCGCAAGUAA